UCUAGCGCUGCGCGAGGAACGGCGAGGGACGCACCUCUGCAGAGCAGCCUUCUCCUCCGUGGCGCGCGGACCGCGCAGCGCCGCGCAGUAGGAGACACCUGACGUUCGUUCGACAACAGUGCGCGUGACGUACUGAGCGACGACCCCAGGGAUCAGCCGGGAUCUUGCGCACGCCGCGAGUCCUUCGGAGUUUUCGACCUGUGUUGCGACCGACAGUCUCUAUUGUCUCUUCGACCCGGGAUUGUGUGUUUGUUCGUGAGACCGUGCAUGCUGGCGCGCUAGCGAGCGCGUCCCCAUGUCACCCGCGUCGACCCGCGGCAGUGCCUGCUUCGACGCGCCAUGAAUGUGUGGCCGGGACGGAAGUGACUGAAUACGUGGAUUCCUAACGCGUUUCUUCGUGCCCUUGUGCCUGGAACUGUGAUCGGAGGGCCCCUUUUCGAACCUGCUCCCGGGCCCACUCGCCGCGCGUCAUGUCGUCGGUGAGGCGACGUGCCCGGACCCCGAUCGGGAGUCCCGCGUACUACAGCAGCUCCGCCUUUUCCGCCUCGUCGUCGCCGUUCGACGUCCCCCCUCGGUCCAGGUCCGCCCUACACCAGAGCUCUUUGGACCUCAGCAAAGCCCGCAACCCGUCACUGUCGCGAAGGCUUAGGGACAGCAGCUGGGGCUCCUCGGAAUGCCUGUUCAGACCCAGUUCGUCGGCGUUGGCCUCGACGGCCAACUACGUCCUGUCCAGCCUGGGCGCCGAUUUCCAGCGCUGCCGCUCUCCCGCCCGGGGCUUCACGCCGCCGCCGUCGCUGCGGCGGUUGGGGCGUGAGUCCAGCCCGUCUCCCGUGUCCAACUACUACAAGUCUACGUACGCGUCGUCCUGGUACGACGAAUACAGGCCCAUCCUUCGCGAACGACCCGCCCUCAAGGACUGUCAGCGACCGGCGAGAGGAUCAAAGGAGAGGCGUGAGUCUAUGGGUAUCAUUACCAGACACCGGCACGUUGUCAAGUUCAGGGAAGACCCGACUUUGCAUGAGUCCAGCCCGGUUGUGUCCCGAACGAGGCAAGAUGGCUCUGGUCAUAGCACGCGGUCCGUCGACUCUGGUAUUGGCAGCUUCAAGGACGGCCAGUCGGUCCAGUCACCGGUCGAUCUCGAAGACAUGUUGGGCCUCGACGCACCGCCGGUUGUUCUCGAAGAGCUUAGACGUGACUUGCUACCUGUGACACCCGGAGGCAAGGGGGCUGAAGGGAAGCACAGUAACGCUACUCCGACCACACCCCAGAACGACCGCACCGACGACAGCAUUGGCAGAAGACGGAGGAUGCGGAACCGAACAGUGUCGGAAGAAUUACUUAGCUCUGCUACUUCAAGUGUACCUCAAGAAAGUGACAAGUUAUCACACUCAAACCACCGCUCGCGUGAGACUACGUCUCAGUCUAACGGUGUUGCAACCGACGGACCCGCACAAAAGCCCGUAGUUGAUGGCGAAACGACACCCACGAUUGAACUUCCGAAAGUGAGCGAGAUAUACGAGACUGUGGUUGUGAAACUGAAGAAACCGAAGGGAAAAGGUGCACCCGGUGACGUCAGUCCUGUACCUGAUAACGUGGAGAGUGUUGUGCACUGCCUUCCUACGCCAAAUGGACACUGUGUUGACGGCAGUGAACAAUCAGUAGAAGGAAGGACACGCGAGAUAUCUCCAGCCGUAGUUACCGUAGAGCUUCUUCCAAAGAAAAAUGAGAAUGCUGCUCAGGAGGCCACCAAUGAAAAUAAAACCCCGACUGCUACUGCUGCUAAUGCAUCACCGGUUGUGAAAAAGGUGCCAAAGACGGGCAAGAUCGCUUCUUCUCUGGCUCAGUUAAAAACAGGUCGAAAACCGGAGCAAGAUCAAGGUAAAACGAAAAAAGAUGCCAAGACUGGACCUCCCAGUCCACAGCCUAAAUCUAGUAAGCCGUCGACUCCAGAGUCUCGAGACAAGCCCAAGCUAGUCCACAAAACGGCGCAAGCCGCACCGAAACUGAGCAAUCAGGAUCAAGCAAAACAUAAAAUGGAAGACACAAAGCCACCAAGUACCGCAAGUGCACCAGUUUCACAGUCACCCACUUCUAAGCUUGAAACGCACACUGCGCUACAAUCCAAAGAGCAAGCAUUUAAGGAUGCCUCGACAUGUCAGAAGUCAGACAGGAAACCUCCAUUCCAAACACAGCCGCAAGAAAAGCCGGAAUCGAAAUCGGCCACUGUGGACAAACUCCGCACUGUUGACACUUCAAAAGCGAUGCCUAAGGAUGUUGCUGCGCCACCGGUAGUGCUGCCGAAAGUCGUACCUACGAAACCGGACACUACCGACAAUGCAACAGCUGUCACAGACACAACUAUCAAGAAGCCCGCUCUAGAGAUGCUUGAACUGCGCAAGAAAGAGCCACAAGGAAGGCUCGCAUUCAAAUCCAAAGAGCCUCAAGGAAUGCUCGAGCUCAAGAAACGACAGCCAAUCCCAAUGGGCGCUCCCCCAGAGCCCGCGGUUGCUGCGAAAUCUCAAGAGACUGUGCCGCCACCCAAACCCCCUCGGGAGCCUGCGCCUGCUGCUGCGCUUCCGCCCAAGAAAGAUGCACCGGUUGCGGUGACGGACAAAGCUCCACCAGCCGGAUCGAGACCUGCCGUUCCUACUUCGCUUCCGCAGAAGAAGCGUCCCUCCGCGCUUCUUGAGAAACCUUCGCCGACGUCGGAAAAAGCGCAGCCAACCACUCCACCCCCGCGUGCUGGUUCAGCUGAGGCCAAGACGGAUAAGCGCCUCAAAAAGAUCAGGCGAAGCAAGGACUCGGAAUCGAGCGGCCAUUCCGUACCCGCGAGCCCGUCACUUUCGGCCGCACCUUCCCCGCUCGCUUCACCGCAGGUCGAAGCUGCGCCCGCCCCGUGUGUCGGUACACCGCCGGCGACACCCGACACUGGUGAGCCGCCGAGCAAAGCUCCGCGUAAAGUGAAGAAGGUCAAGAAGGCAUCCAAGAUUAAGAUCGCAGGCCUCGCGAGCAGCUCCAGUAGCACUAGCAGCGGCGGUAGCGUGGGCGGUAAGCGAGGCGCCAAGCAGGCGUCCCAGGAACUAGAAUCGCCAACCGUCCCCAACGCCGAAGCAGCCGCGAGCGUGCCGAGUUCUCCAGCGCCUCCCAGCGUUCCCCCAACCGCCACCGUUGAAGCGGUGAUCGAACCCAAAGCAUCGGUUGCUGAACCGUCGCUUCCGGCGGACGUUCAACCGGAGCAUGCGGAGCACAAACAGCGAGACGACGAGGCCGUCACUGACGCGUCAUGCGAAUGCAAAGUCAACUGUCACAAGAAAUGCGAGAAACACAUGGCCAACCUGUGCGGGGUCAACCAAAAGCUCCUCUCCGAGGUGCUCGCCACGGUCAAGAAAGAAAUGGCGACCUCUCCGCCUGGGGCGGGGACACCCGGAGGAGGAGGAGGCAAGACCCGUGCGGCUGUUUCCGGAGCUCCGGAAGAGGCUGCGACGACGCCUGCAUUGCCCGCCUCGCCGCGCCGGUCAUCGACGAUCGCGGACAUUUCCGAGGUCAGACAGCAGCUGCAGUACAAGGACCAGGAGCACGAGCGCAAGGAAGUUGACAGGAGAGGCGAGGAAGCGGAAGCAAGGUCGCGGCCGCCACUUCCGGACAGCCGGUCGGCGCCGCAGACGCCGACGCAGGAAGAGCGCGUCAAGUUCCGCAAGUACAACCUGACCGAUUUCAACCUACUCAAAGUCCUCGGCAAGGGCAGCUUUGGCAAGGUGCUGCUGGCCGAGCUGAAGGGCACGAAGCGCCACUACGCGGUCAAAUGCCUCAAGAAGGACGUGGUGCUGGAGGACGACGACGUCGAGUGCACGCUCAUCGAGCGUAGGGUGCUCGCCAUGGGCACGCAGCACCCGUUCCUCUGCAACCUGUUCUGCACCUUCCAGUCGCAGAGCCACCUCUUCUUUGUAAUGGAGUUCCUCAACGGAGGCGAUCUGAUGUUUCAUAUACAACAGUCCGGAAAGUUCGACCAAGAUCGAGCAAGGUUCUAUGCCGCCGAAAUUGUCUGCGCCCUAAAAUUCCUUCACAAAAGGGGCAUCGUGUACAGAGACCUGAAGCUGGACAACGUGCUGCUGGACCGGAAUGGCCACGUGAAGAUCGCCGACUUUGGCAUGUGCAAGUGCGGACUGGCGGACGCCGAGAAGACGUCCACCUUCUGCGGGACGCCCGACUACAUCGCGCCCGAGAUCAUCAAGGGCCAGCACUACAAUCAGUCGGUGGACUGGUGGUCUUUCGGCAUCCUGACCUACGAGAUGCUCAUCGGCCAAUCGCCCUUCAACGGCACCGACGAAGACGAGCUGUUCUGGUCCGUCUGCAACGAGGAGGCCUACUACCCGAGGUUCCUCAGCCGCGAGGCAAAGUCACUACUAGUACUGCUCCUGGACAAGAACGCCGAGACGCGUCUUGGCAUGCCCAGUUGUCCGGCGGGUGACGUGUGCGACCAGCCCUUCUUCCGCAACAUCCAGUGGGAAAAGCUCGAGAAGAAAGAGGUCGAGCCACCGUUCAAACCUAAACUGAGGAACACGGCGGACGUGAGCAACUUCGACAGCGACUUCACGAUGGAGAAGCCCGUGCUGACGCCCAUCGACCCCCAGAUCUUGGCCUCCAUGGACCAGGAGCAGUUCAAGGGAUUCAGCUACACAAACCCAGCCAUGACCGACUGAGGGUAGUGCUACGGAGGCAACUGCGCGAAUGGAAAUGUACUAGGGCGCCUCGAAGCACGAGUGCAUCGCAGCGCCCUGACAACAGAAAGCAACUGUGAUAUGCGGCACAGCCUGCUCUUUUCUUUUUUAUUUCCUGGCCCCACGUACGUGUAGGGUGACAGGCUGACAGGUGAAGCUUUCUAUAACAAGGCCUGCUCGCUGCACGCAAUGCUGCACAGCUGCCUAGUCUGCACCAGAAAGACCCAAAUGAAGCUCGUUGUGGUCAGACGAACAUGCUUCCGGGACAACAGCACUUAUGAGUGAUCCUGAUGUACAGUCAGUUUUCAAAAGAUUAACCGAGGGCUGAGCACUUGUCGAGUCUUGGGAAUGCAGUGAUGUUCGGGCUCCAACUUUCCACCUGAGCACCCAUAUUUUGGGGGUUCUAGGAAUGCUACACGAAUAAGCGCCCUCCCCACCUCACAGCCAAAAAACUGUCAGGUCACACAAGUAUCGGACUCGGAACAUAUUUAGAACGAUGCCGUUUGCAUAAGCCUUAUUCGGCAAAGUGAAAUUCGGCAUGCAUGUGGGGAACGGCAGAGGCUCGCCAGGCUGUUUAUUUGCACAGCGAUACAAAUGAGUACGUCUGCUUGGAACCAGCAGGAAUAUCUGCUGACAUCCAGAAUCCAUGGUCAAGAAAGUUCUAGAACUGUGUUCUUUUUCUGUGAGUUAUGAUACACUGACAUUGAAACACGCAAAUUAGGUGUGGUUUUAUGGCUCGACUUGUUCUGCGGUAACGAAUUUUUCCUAACCAGUGGGGCUCCAACAAUCGACAAUUUAUUUAAUUUCUGAUGCUUUUCCUACAUUUAUGGUAAUGUGCGAUAUUUGCUGACCUGGAGUGGAGACUCGAUCUUAAUAUAGGAACAAGCACCUACAGGACACCCAUAUCAACAUAACACACAACAUCAUAACCUUGCGUAAUUAGGUAUUAUAAGGAGGCCGUGGUUUCUGAUAGCGUGAGAGGAUCAGUGCAACAGGGUUCAUAUUUAGGCUAUGACGUUCGAGAUAAGGACAAUGUAAAGGCUUUGGUUUGAGGUGCUUCAGAAGCACUAGUAGAUGCUUAGCUAAACUAGUCGCGAUUUUGUAGCCAUGCCUUCCGCUCGAUCCUGUGCCACUCUCAUCAUCCUCCGUUGAUGACCGGCUGAUCCCAUUGAUGAUGCUCGUAGAGCGUCGCUGUGACUACUGAAGAAGCACAAAAAGUGGAAAAAAAAGUAUCAUCAGAAAACGCACCGCUGGAAAACCGCGGCCCUGUUUAUUUAAGCAUCACACGUAGCUGUUUAUAUCUAACAAAUACAGCUGCCUUAGUAUGACCAAAAACAGUUAGUUGGCAAGUUAAAUACGCGCAAUUUUAGAGCAAGUAACCCAGCAAUUGCUUUCGACGAAAAUAUACGUACACGUUUCAAUGUCUUUGUACAGCACCAUGAAAAUCCCUGCAUCAUAAACAUUUUGUACUAAUGAGUCCGAAUGCGUGAAUGUAAUGUCAGGCAAUCAAGGCCUGUCAGCAUCAAUAACAAAAAGCUAAUUACAAAUGACAGGGUUGGUCAAAAGUAAAUUACUUCGUAUUGGCAGGCUAUAGCACACAAUAAACACAAAAGCAGUACAAAAACGUAGACAAAGCGGUUUGUCAGCGACUAUUGUACUUUCCUUAUGUUCUUGUGCACCGGUCGGUUGUAUACUGUGUAGUAUAACUUACUGCAUUCUUAUAACCAUAUUGUAAUUGUUCGUAACUCCUCCCCUCUGCUAUGCCUCUGGUCUUGAAGGCAUUAUAAAUAAAUAAAUAAAUAAAUGUGGAAUAUACCACCAAGUCCAAACUUACUCUCUUUCAAGAUUACUAUGUUGCCACAGGAUCACACGGCUUGACAUUUAUUUGGCAAUCAGCAACUGCACAGCACAAAUUGCACUUCAAGCAUGAAUUUAUACUUUGCGAAUUAUUCAUUUUUAAUGACAGAACUACCUUUUCGACACAGGAUGUACACUAAUAGGAGAGAUACCUGACAGGCUUGUCAUCUCCCUUUAAAUACAUUUUUCUUUCUCUUUGUCAGGUUUUGUAUCUACUUGCGCUGUGACGAAUUUACUACAAUCCUAAUGUCGGAAUACUUAUUUCACUACCGGAACAUGACAAGUGCAAGUUUCCGAAAGUAGACAAGCUACUUUUUGCUGCAUAUCUACAAAGUUUUCGCCAAAGUAAUUAUUCCACUAGAAAACAAGGUGCUGAAUUCCAUGAUUGCCUUUUAAAGAGAGAUGCACAGCUUGAAAACACGACUCAUAGUUGUACAGAAGGGAGUUGGCAAUCAGGCAGCCAUGUUCAUUGACACAGUUCGCUAAAUGAUUUCGAGGAAGUCAUUUAGUGAAAGACGUUCUUGUGACCUUGGAGAUUUUUUUCCAUCUCACUGCCUUCCACAAACAUAAAACUGUACCCUCGAAGCUUCGUUUCGAACACUGUUUCGAUCACUGUUUCGCAAGACACGCAGGAACAAGUGCGAUCUUCUCUAGCACCUCAAAAACGUUACCAACAAAUGUUUAAUGGGAAGGGCCCUCAAAUGAGUGACAGCAAGCACACUUCAAGAAUUAUUCUGACACUCCUCACCAGCUGCAAAGAAUUAAGCGCGCUCGUGUCUCAUCACGAGGUAGUCCUAAUGCAAGACGUGAUUGUCCGCGCGCGUGUUGUGUGGGAAUUGUGCGCACAAAAUAUUUUUCAUAAAAACGCUGAUAUUUCACUGCUACAGGACGCUGAAGACGGCAUUGGUGAUGCAUUCCUAAAAAAAUGGUGUGUAAACCUGAAACAAAUCGCUCCUUUUUCCGUAAUAGUAUCCUUUCCAGUAGAUUUUUGUCACAUGAGGCAUGUCGGCAAUGAACUUAACAGAAGAAAGGAUACAGAUUCAUUGCAGCGUUUGACAGCGGUGCCUUUAAAUGUAAGCAAAGAAAGGUUUCAGCUCCACAGAGUGAGCCAAUAUCAGAGCAGCGUAGAACCCAAGCGUGGCUUUAAGAGCUUUGGCACUUUUGUGACACUUAGUGCAGCUUUACGCGUUAGAAUGUAUUUAUAAGCAAGCGUUAGAGUUUCCGCAUCAGCGUGUUGCGAGCGCGAUGGAUGCUUUACUUUUCGUGGUGUCGUAGAUAACCUAGGUAUCAUUGUUUUAUAAGAAUUUUGUACAUCGGGUCAAAGUUCAUUGUGGGCUUCAUGAAGAGCGCGCAUUGCGUUGCUUAUCUAAUGAAAUAGCUUUGCAGGCUGCAUUGAAUUUAGCGCGGAUCAAGCUUGCAGACCUUACAUCGAGUGACGGUCAAACAUCGUGCUUUAUUUAAUUUUUUUUUUCACUGCAUCAACCCACACACUUCAUUCUGCAGCUUCAGUCAAGCUAGCUGCAUCAUCAAAACUGAUGUUCAGUAUUAUAGCAUCAUCUCUUGGCUACGGCAAUGUCAGCUAACUUCACAACCCGCGUGGGCGGUGUAUUUAGUGUAACCCAGACUGCUCUCAUCUUUUCAUGGCGGCCGCGGUGAGAAUGCCAGAACCGCUUUGUUGCAAACAAAUUCAGGUCUUAUUGUCAAUAAUAAACAAAAUGAAGCAAGA